AUGGGAGAGUACAGGGUGGUCAGCAUUUUGGACAUAACCCAGCCUCUGCUGAACCACGAGGAAACGGGGAAAGUUCCCUCGGUGUGCAAGGCCGUCGUGGAAAGGACGGAGAACAGCAAGAAGCAGCACGAGAUUGUAUACAUAGAGACGGAGGGCAUAGAAAUAGGGGUGGGGGCCGUCUUCACAUAUGCGAGCACAGGCGAUCAGAUAAUAAGGCUAUCCAAAACAAAAAUUCAGAAGAAGACUCGGUACAGGGUAGAUAACAGCCUCAUUGGAGCACUGCUAUCUAAAACAAAAAAAGUUGACACAUAA